CGCGGCGCGGAGCGUCGGGCGUGCCCGGGCGGUCGCGGGUCCGUGGUCCGUCGGUCCGUCCGUCCGUGCGCCCGCCCUGCGGACGCGGCGCCAUGGGGCCGAGCCUGCGCGCGCUGUGCGCUGCCGCCGGGGCCGCGUGGCGCCAGAGCUUCCCCCUGGGCGGCCGUGACGUGGCGCGCUGGUUCCCGGGACACAUGGCCAAGGGGUUGAAGAAGAUGCAGAGCAGCCUGAAGCUGGUGGACUGCAUCGUGGAGGUCCAUGAUGCCCGGAUUCCCCUUUCAGGCCGAAACCCUCUGUUUCAGGAGACCCUUGGGCUCAAGCCUCACCUGCUCAUCCUCAACAAAAUGGACUUGGCCGACCUUGGGGAGCAGCAGAAAAUUCUGCAGCACUUGGAAGGGCAGGGCGUGAGAAAUGUCAUCUUCACCAACUGUUUGAAGGAUGAGAACGUCCAGCAGGUCAUCCCGAGGGUCAUGGAGCUGGUGGGGAGCAGCUGCCGCUAUCACCGAGCUGGGAGGACUGGGCUGCUGGGGGCCUCUGCUGUGACUCUCCUCGGUCCUCCCCCUAAGCUGGCCCGGCCCCGCCUGUCUCUGCAGAACCUGGAGUACUGCCUCAUGGUCAUCGGUGUGCCCAACGUGGGCAAGUCCUCCCUCAUCAACUCCCUCAGGAGGCAGCACCUCAGGAGAGGGAAAGCCACUCGGGUGGGCGGUGAGCCUGGGAUCACCAGAGCCGUGUUGUCCCGGAUUCAGGUCUGUGAGCGGCCGCUGAUGUUCCUGCUCGACACGCCUGGGGUGCUGGCCCCGCAGAUCGCCAGUGUGGAGACAGGCCUGAAGCUGGCCCUGUGUGGGACCGUGCUGGACCACCUGGUCGGGGAGGAGAUGCUGGCCGACUACUUGCUCUUCACCCUCAACAGACACCAGCUCUUUGGGUACGUCCAGCACUACGGUUUGGGCGAGGCCUCUGACGACGUGGCCACUGUACUAAAGCAGGUGGCCGUGCGGCUAGGGAAGACGCGGAAGGUGAAGGUGCUGACUGGCACAGGGGACGUGACUGUCAUCCAGCCCAACUACACAGCUGCCGCCCGUGACUUCCUCCGUGCCUUUCGCUGCGGGCUGCUGGGCCCCGUGAUGCUGGAUCAGGACAUCCUAUAGAGCCUGUGUGGACGGACCCGGCCUGCAUGGACAGACCUGCGUGGGGGACUGACCCAGCCCUGAGAUCUGACCCGGCCUGAGAGGACUGACUUGCCUGGGCCAGCAGCUGGGCCUCAUGCAGUGGCAUCCAAGGGUGCCGACUAAGCCGGCCCUAACCGUCCAUCGCUUUCAUGUACUAGGUGUCGGCUCUGGGAAGUGGCCAGCACCAUAGCCUGACCGUGGGGGUCUGAGUCUGGAUGUCCUUUGAGGAGGUGCCCCUUGCGCAGGGGCCCCACGAGGCAGCCUUGCAGGCAGACUCUCUGACUCGACUUGAAUUAAAGGCCCACGUCUGGUCUUGG